AUGUUAAAAUUCUCAGACAAGUAUGUGGAGGAUUGGAUUAACUACCACUUGGCCAUUGGCAUCGAGCACUUCACGGUUUUCGACACGGAUGGGUCCUACGAGCCUUAUGUUCGCUCCUACGUCGACCGGGGGUUCGUCUCCUACCAUCCGCGCUUUCCGAAGGAAGUCGCUUCGAAGCUUUCCCUGGCCUCGACGAGGGCCAGUCCCCGGAGCGAGCGGCGCCAGGUUCUGCUGGAGCCGCAUGCGAUCGAGCUGUGCGUGUGGGAGAACCGCCAGGUAUCCGACUGGGUUGUGGUGGUGCACAACAUGGAAGAAUACUUGCAUUCGCCGUUCUUGGGAAAGGGGCUUCCCGUAGUGAAACUACCGGAGAUGAUCAAGACCUGGGCUGGCGAGGUGCCCAGUGUAGCUGUCUUCGAGAUCUUCCAGGAGCCCAUGGGCGGUGCCGGCAUGGAUGGAGGCUCCACGAUCUUCAGCCGCUGGACACACAAGCGUGGACUGGAAUUCAGCGAGGAUGCCAGCAUGAAGGGCGCGGAGGAGGAUGCCGUCCACUUCCAGCCUUUCGCCUUCAUCGUGGAUCCUAUCAAUGUGCUCCAGACAGCAGUGCACCUGGCGCAAGCACGGGCCGAUGAUCAGGCCGUGGUGUCCAUCUCCAAGGACAAUCUUCGCAUGAACCACUACGUCGACCUGGGCAGCAACAGGUCUCGCUGUCAGGAGGAGCUAGGUGGCUGCGAGGUGCAAGACACCUCACUUCUCUGGGCCGAGGAAAUGGUCCUCUACUUAAGGGGAUGA